UGUUUGUUUUGUAUGUUAUAGAAACAUUUUACGCUAAUUAAACCUUUUUGAGUCGAAUUUUCUAACAAAAUGGAAGGAAUAAUCGAAAAUCAAGUAUUACAAGCUGCAAAAGCUGUCGAAGAGCAGCUCGAUGCCGAGAUUAAUCGUCUCGAUAAAAUGGACGACGAUGAUCUGGAGAAAUUGAGAGAGAGGAGAAUGCAGGCAAUGAAGAAAUCACAGGCACAGAGACAAGAAUGGAUGGCGAAGGGUCAUGGUGUCCUGGGUGAAAUUCCUUCUGAGAAAGAUUUCUUCGAUGAAUGCAAAGAAAAUAAAUUGGUUGUCUGUCAUUUCUAUAAGAAUACAACAUUCAGAUGUAAAAUCCUAGACAGCCAUCUUGAAACUCUUUCAAGGAAACAUCUUGAGACAAAGUUUAUCAAACUGGACGUUGAGAAAGCUCCGUUCCUGACGCAACGACUCAGAAUAAAAGUUAUUCCAACGUUAGCACUGGUUAUUGAUGGAAAAACUAAGGACUACAUUGUCGGCUUCACCGAUCUCGGAAACUGCGACGAUUUCUCGACAGAAAUGUUAGAAUGGCGACUCGGAUGCGGACAAGUCAUCAACUAUUCUGGGGACCUCAUGAACCCCCCCGAUUCGACAAAAACUGGGUCAAAAAAGCCGAUAACGUUUCUCGGAAAACAGAAGAAAACAAUUCGGGGAGGAGAUGAUGACAGCGAUGAUUCUGACUUUGAAUAGGGAAAUUCCCCUCCCUCUGUAAAAAACUUGUACCUCGUUAUAUGAGCAUUCAAUUUAAAUUAUAUUCUUAGCUGCACUGAACAUUGUGUUUGGUUUCCACUAGAGACACUGUACACAGAAUCAAUGUGGGGAAUCUCCCCUCCCUUUUCAACAAACUUAUACACCAUACUCUUGGUUAAAUAAUUAUUCAUUUUGAAUAUUCAAACGAUGUAUUUUUUCCACUAAAGACACUGUUCAAAUAAUAGCUUGGAAUUAUUCUAAUCCAAAUUUUAAUUGCAGGAAUUUCUCCUUUCCUCAGUGUUCAUUUCAUUUUGUGAAAAUUUCUUGCUUUGGCAUUGUCUAUUCCUUUUGACAUAUCUUUCUACUAUGCUUAUAGUAAUGGAAUUGUUGCAUUUUUAUUUCAAGCAUGAUGUGAGAUUUUGUUGUUUUUUGAAGCGCUAUAUGAAUGGCGUGUCAGCUAGAAUGAUGAUAGAAUAGAGCUCAUAGCUCAUCAAAGAUUGUUCCUGACUCUUCAUCAUUCAAGGAGUAGAUUUCCAACCGUCUACAGAAUGUUGCACCAAAUUUUCACAUUUUCCGUAGCCCUUGUAAAUCCGGGGAUUCCCCAUAACUAUAAAUCCCGUUUUUAGCCCACCAAUUUACCUUUUCAUUUUUAGAUUUUUAGCAUGGUGUGAGAUUUUGCUGUUCAUUAUAAUCCAAGUAUAAUCGCUUCUCUGGUACCAUGAUAAAUAUAUAGUUUCUAGCGUGUCACUGGUGCUCCCAACGCUUCUAGCCCGCACAAGUUAGCCAACUCCGAGAUUUAGUAACAACUUAAUUAUCUUAUGAACCAAAAUCUCUGAAUAUAAGGGCAGUUCAGUCACAUCACAUUGUUAUAAGAAAUCUGGAUGUUCCCCAACAAUUUCCUUCCUCUUUUCCAUGCCCUAAAAAAUCAGAGAAUUCCCAACAUUUUCUUUGAUUCUCCAUGUCCCCUGUUCACCUGGGGCUUCUUCCCAAUUGCAUCCUCCCUUUUUAGCCCCCAACUUUGCAUACAUUUCAACUUGUCUAGUACUACUGUUUUAUGAGUGUUUGCUUCAUGUAAUUUAUGUUUUGUAUGUUUAGA